AUGGAAUCUUCAAAGGAACAAUAUGAUGAGACUGUUUCGCCUGUUGAUCCUGGCAUCGUUAGUCAACAGGACGAUUCGGCUUCGGAAGAUCAAGACAAGCGGCCUGCUCCCCUUUCCAUGAAGAUUAUUGCUAUUGUUGUCAUCAGCAUGAUUGGAUUUGGAGGCCAUUGGAGUAGCGGAGUCACUGGAGCAUUGAAGAGCACCCUGAAAAAGGAGAUGCACAUCAACAACACGCAAUACGCAUUACUGAGUUCGAGUGAAGCUUUUAUCAAGUUGGUCUUGAUCCCAAUUAGUGGACCCAUCACGGAUCGUUUUGGUGGUGCAAACAACAUGCUCUGGGGAAAUGCUGUAUUCAGUCUUGGCGCGAUCUUGGUGGCAGCAGCGACUCAGGUUCGCAACUACAAAUUCAUGAUCUUUGGAGUCGUCGUCCAAUCAUUUGGAGAUGCUGCGACACAAGUCGCCCAAUACAAGCUCUUCUCGGCCUGGUUCCCGCCGUCUGCAGGCUUUGCAUCGACGUUGGGAUUCGAGCUCGGCCUUGGAAAGAUUGGCACGUUUGUGGGCAAGGCGACUGCCAAUGUCAUCGCCAAGAACCUGGGCAAUUUCAGCUGGGUCUACUGGAUGGCUGUCUUUAUGAACCUCUUCACGAACGCGGCCAAUCUCUUUUACUGGUGGUUCACUCGCUUCUGCGAGAAGAGAUACUUGACAGCCAAGGAUCCUGCAACUGGAGAGCACCUGAAGGAAAGGAGCAAGAGGUUCAGAUUCGAUCAAAUGCUCCGCCUUCCAUGGACUUUCUGGCUCAUUUGUCUGCUCACGAUUUUCCAAACAACUGUCUCUUCCAUUUUCUCGUCCAAUGGAACGGAGAUGGCUGAGCAGCGAUUCAAGACUUCAGCCAUCGACGCAGGAUGGUACUCGUCGCUGUCGCAAUUCCUCGGUUUCUUUUUCGUCCCCGUGGUGGGCAUCUUCAUGGACAUCUUCGGGCACCGGCUUACAUUGAUGUUCGCCUGCAGUGUCGGCAUGUUACUGUGCAUGUGCUUGGCGGCGUUUGCACCAACCGUCGCAGGAACUGCUGCAAGUUUCGCCAUAUACGCCGUCGCUACGACCUUCGGCCCUGCACCGAUGAUCGACGGCAUUAGGACAAGUAUGUCCCAUCACGACGUGUUCGGCACGGCAUAUGCGAUCAAGGUCACCCUCAACAACUGCAUGACGAUCCUGGUGUCAUUGAUUGCAGGUGUAGUACAAGACCGUGACAAUGACAGCUACGACAACGUCACCAUUUUGUAUGUCGUGCUGGCUAGCUGCGCUGUACUUGUCUCGCUUGCCAUGGUCAUUAUUGGGUUGUUCAGCACGACCAUGGGCAUUCUACAAUGGGGACGGAAGAAGCGUAGCGAGAAUGGCCAAGUCGUGAAAGAGAAGGCCGAGACGUUUUCAACAAAUGAGUGGAACAGAAAACUCAACAUUGUGAACUUCUCUGCGGUUCUUCUCCUGAUGGCUGGUGCUUCUGCGGCGUACUUCUGGGGAAUAGCCACUGGAAGAACUUACUGA